AUGGAUGCAUCAGAUUCCACAUCUGAGGAUCUUUCGUCACCCGAGCCGAUGAACAGAAGCACAGAAUCUGUUAGUCCUGGACUAAAAUUUUCUGUUCAAAAUAUUUUGGAUCCUGAUUUUGGGAAGGAUAAAAUCGCUCAAGCAAGUAGUUCUGCCGUACCGGAACCUGCAGCAGUACCGUUUCCUGCUUGGAUAUUCUGUACACGAUACUCAGAUCGUCCCUCAUCAGGUCCUCGUUGUCGUCGUAUUAAACGGAAAACGACACCAAACAGUGAAGAAGAGAAACGACCGCGAACUGCUUUUACUGCUGAACAGUUAAGACGGUUAAAGGAACAGUUUACAGAUAAUAAAUACUUAACUGAAAAACGACGUCAAGAAUUAGCUCAUGAACUUGGACUUAAUGAAUCGCAGAUAAAAAUUUGGUUUCAGGUAUGCAUUACUGUUUAG